GCUCGCUCGAAUGGCGGUGAGAAGGCUGAGUGGCUUGAGUCAGGUCCCCGGCAGGUAACUGGGAGCGGCCGCUGACCUCGGCGGCAGGGGAGGCGUGUGUGCGGCCGGCGGAAAAGCUGUUCCGGGGCUUAAGAUUGCGGAGGCCUCCGUGCCCGGGUCCCGCCACCCUCCUCGGAGCUUUCUAGACUCGAGCGCCGGGUCCUGGGCUCCUCUCUCGUCCCCCGGGGCCGCGUUAGCUCCCCGGCUGGGCGUGCCUCGGCCGGCGUGGGAAAGGGGCCUCUCUGCGGGAUGGCGGUGACGCUUCCAGGACGUUCCUGCACGGACAGCGACCCUCACCAGUUCCAGAGAAGGAAAGGGGAAAGAGUGGAAAGUGUGGGAGAUGAACGUGAUUCUUAACCUGAUUCCCUUAAGGGUCAUCCAGAUUAUUGCCUGUAUCAAUAGUUCUUUCCUUCUUAUUACUGAGGAGUAUGGACGCACCACAGUAACUGUUCAUGCAUUGAAGGGCGUCGGGAUUCUCUCUAGUUUGGAGCUGCUGUGGAUAAACCUGCUGUGAACUUUCACAUACAGGUUUUAUUGAAGAAACAGAGAUUCGUCGCAUUCCUAAGAUUAAUAUCUACAAUUUUCAGUUAUUGGCCUUCUUGUAAGAUAUAUUUUGGCAAUCAAAAUGAAAGCUUCCUUUGAAGUUUUAGAACAAUUAUACAGGAAGGUGCUUCUUGGAGCCCCACUUGAACCUGACAGCCAUGAUUACAUCUUUUAUCUCAGCCCAGCGUUUUCAGAUCGAGAUUGCUCUACAACAACCUCCUCCAGCUGCUCAAACCUCCUUGAUGUUCAGGGCAAGCAUCAGCCGUCCUCUGUCAAUUUGGCUAUCCGUUCUGUAGCACCUGUGUGUUUGCAAAGACAUUCUCAGAUGAGCAGUACCCGAGAAAUAAUACUCCUUCAGUUAACAGUGAUCAGAGUGAUGAUAAGUAGAAUAUUGUCUGUUGAAACUGAAUCGCAUGCAAAGGAGAAAUACAGAGAUAUAAUUAAAAUUCUUUUAAAAUCAUCUGACAUCGAUUCUAAAUUAACCUGUAUGUUCCAAAACUCGGAUAAAUUGUUAUCUCAUAUGGCUGCAAAGUGCCUUGCACUACUUCUGUAUUUCCAAUUGAAGGAAAAGAUGACAUUGAGUAAUUCCUGGGUUUCUUUUUGCCAAAAAAAUCUUUCUGAAUAUUCUGAAAGUGAUAAAGUAGUAAACUGCCUCUGGGUGCUUACCUUUGUAAUAAAAGAAAUCUUUAAAGAUACGUGUUCACAGAAAACAGAAAUUCUAAAGCAGUUCCUGACUCCUUUUGAUGCUAUUUUUGAAGCCUUUUACAAUUCUUUAUUUUCUCAGCAUUUUGAAAACCACCAAAAUACUUCUAAACUAAUAAACAGCUUGAUAUGUUUCCUGGAAUUGCUUGAACUUCUUAUAGCCUCCAGAAUCCACCUGAAGUUACAUUUCACUUGCCAGAGGAUUUUAUUUUUGAAACCUUCUAUUGUGUUUGACGUUAUUACCUGGCCUGUUCAUGCUUUUGUCAAAAGGAAGUUCAUCAUAUUCAUCAAAAAGUGCCUUCUCUGCAAAGUGGGUGAAGACCUUUGUCAAGGAUCUGUCCCUGCCUUCAUGCCACCAGAUCAUCCUUUAGAUGUGGACCUGUUGGCGUUGGCUGAUGCUGUUCUGCAAGCUGUGGAUUUGGGCUUGUUGAGGACAUUGUCUGUCCAUGGAAAACCUUCCUGCUUUGGAGGCAAUGAAGUCCAACCUGGCUGUGAGCGUGUCGCUGGUCCAGAUCAUGUGAUCCUCAGAGCAGCAAGCUUAGUUAUCAUUAGAUCCUUAGAAAUCAAGUUUCAAAAUUGUGUUUCAGCAAAUGAAAUGACAGUUGUUUUACAGAGGUUCAUGUCUGAGUUACUGACCUUCUUAAAGCCUCACCUUCAGCCCUCUCUGCAAUCACGCAAUCUUUGUGAGUGGUUGUCUAGGGUCUUCAUAGAACAAGAUGAUGACAUGCUGGAGGCUGCCAGAGCAGCACUGGGCAUCUACCUAAAGUUAACCAGAGAAUGUGCAGCUGCUGAAAGCUCGACCCAAGAAAAAGAGAUGUGGAACCAUCACACACAUGAAAACGGCUAUAAUCCACACUGUAUUUUUUUAUUCAUAUUAAAAAGCAUAGGAUUUGACUCUACAGUUCUUCUUGAUUUUUUGAUUUCAUCAGAAACCUGUUUUCUUGAAUAUUUUGUUAGAUAUUUAAAAUUAUUGCAAAAGGACUGGGAUAAUUUUUUCGCCGUUUGCAAGUACUUCGAUGUAACUGAAUCUAAAGAUAACAUAAAUAUCUGUUGUUGUAUCUCCUCACUUGUCCAAGACAGAAGCGGCAACCAAACAGAACGUAGUCCUUUGGCUGUUCUCGGUAGUCACAGAGAUGUUCGUGCUUGGGUCUCCGGGGCCUCUGAUGCUUCUUCUGAACCACGGAACCAUGUUGUGAUGUCUGAGGAGGCCCAGGCCACGCUCCAGGCUAAUAGUCUGUCUCCCCGACAAGCUUCUCAAAGUCUGGUAGAUUAUGACAGCUCUGAUGAUUCUGAAGAAGAAUCCAUGGACCAGUGUUUAGCAAACAGCAGACUAACAUCUUUACACCAGGAAGCAAUGAAGAAAAUUCAGGACUCAAUUGGAACAAGUAGGGAUAAAAAAGAACCUAGCCUGGAGUCUCAGUCAAGGCCUCUGGUUCCCAAAGAAUCUAAUACUCCCUUCAUUGUUGAUUGUGACAUAGCCCCGAAUAACACUGCUUCUAAAGUGGGAAUAUCUUACAGAAUAGUAAAGUGCUUUGAAGAGCUACAAGGUGCCAUUUAUCGUUUGCAGAAGAAAAAUCUGUUCCCAUACAAUCCAACAGCACUUCUGAAGUUGUUAAAACAUAUUGAGGCAAUAUAUAAUAAAAGUAUGACCCCUUUGUAAGACAGGAACUGGUUUUCCCUAACGUAAUGUGCCUUAAUGAGAUAAUAGUAAAAAACGAACAAACAAAAAACCUCAAAAGGGUUUGCUUUUCUUUUGCCUUUUAUUUUGUUUUGUUUUGUUUUGUUUUUGGCUGCAUCGGGUGUUCAUUGCUGCGCAUGGGCUUUCUCUAGUUGUGGCAAGUGAGGACUACUGUUCAUUGCGGUGUGCAGGCUUUCCUUAUUGCCAGUGUAACAAAUUACCACAAACUUGGUGUCUUAAAACAACAGAGAUUUAUUCUUUCACAGUUCUGGGGGCUGGAAGUUCAAAAUCAAGGUAUCCACAGGGCCACGCUUUCUCUCAAGCCUCUAAGGGAGAAUCCUUCCCUGCCUCUUCCUAGCUUCUGGCCGUUGCUGGCAAUCCUUGGUACUCCUUGACUUGUAGCUGCAUCACUUCAAUCUCGUUCUCUGUUGUCAUGUGACGUUUUCCCUGUAUGUCUAUCCGCAUCCAGUUCCCCUCUUGUAAGGACACCAGUUACUGGAUUAGGGCCCACUCUCAUCCAGUAUGACCUCAUCUUAGCUUAAUUAUAUCAGCAAGGACCCUAUCUCCAAAUAAGGUCGCAUUCAUGGGUUCUGGGUAGACGUGAAUUUUGGGAGGGACACUGUUUAAGCCAGUAUGGUUAUGAUUUUCCCCUGAGGUAUUUACGUGUAAUGUGGUAUGUAAAAAACUGAAAUCUUAGCAGUUUUUUUAAAGAGAGGUGAUUAGCUCUAUAUGAAUAUAUGUGGUCUACAAACACAAGUGUAUUCUUUAAAAAGAUUUUUUAUAAGUAACUUUCCUAUAUGAAAUUGUGAUAUGGAUAAUUACAUUGUUUUUUUGAGAGGAGGCAGUAAAUUCCAGUUUUCAUGUCAUUACAGGCAUACCUCAUUUUAUUGUGCUUCACCUUAUUGUGUUUUGUUGAGAGUCCAUUUUUUACAUAUUGAGGGUUUGUGGCAAUCCUGUGUCAUCCAAGUCUCUUGGUGCCAUUUUUCCAACAGCGUCUGCUCACUUUGUGUCUCUGUGUCACAUUUUGGUGAUUGCAGUAUUUGAAACUUUUUCAUUAUUGUAUUUGUUACAAAUAUGAACCUUGAAUGGAUGAGGAGUUGCUUCUUACAGAAGAGUAAAGAAAGUGGUUUCUUAAGAUGGAAUCUGCUCCCGGUGAAGAUGCUGUGAUAAUUGUUGAAAUGACAACAAAGGAUUUAAAAUAUUACGUAAAUUUAGUUGACAAAGCAACAGCAGGGAUUGAAAGGAUUGACUUCAAUUUUGAAAGCAGUUCUGUGGGUAAACUGCUAUCAAAUGCAUUGCAUGCUACGGAGAAAUUGCUCAUGAAAGGAAGAGUCAAUCCAUGGGGCAAACUUCAUUGUCUUAUUUUGAGAGAUUGCUACAGCCAUGCUGAUCAGUCAGCAGCCAUCAAUAUCAAGGCAAGACCACCAGCAAAAAAAUUACAACUUGCUGCCGGUUCAGACAAUGUGUAGCAGUUUUUUAGCAACAAAGUAUUUCUUUAUUAACAUAUGUAGGCAUAAUGCCAUUGCACACUUCCUAGACUACAUUAUAGUGUAAACAUAACUUUUAUGUGUACUGGGAAACCAAAAAUCCACGUGACUCACCUUAUUGUGGUAUUUGCUUCAUGGUUGAUCUGGAACCAAACCUGGAAUAUCUCUAAAGUCUGUCUGUGGUGGAUGUAUAUAGAGAGCAUAGCUAUAUUGUUCUGGUGAGUCUGUCAUUGAGGCAAUCUGAAAUGUUGUCCUUAAAAUAUUUUUUACAUGAUCCUUUUGUAGAGAAAUAUGAGGAGACUGAACCUACCAGACAUUAAAAUAUAUUUUAAGGCUGUGUUAAUCAAAACAGGUUAGUACCCAUUCAGGUAGAAAUGGGAAGACCAGUGGAACUAAAUAGGGGAAGGCUAAUCAAAAUAACAAUGAGAUGCUAAUGUCAACCAAAGAGAAAUGAAGAGUUCAAAAAGUUUGGUAACAGAGUUGCGGGUAUACACUGGGGCAGCUUCUACAUAAAUUAAAAAGUAUGUGAAAGAAUGUAUCUUCAAGGAUUUUCCAUGCCACAUUGUUUAUAAAAGCAAAAGUCUAGAAAUACCUGGAUAAAUAAGUCAUAUAUACUCAUAGUAUAUAUGCUCAGUUGUAAUAUAGAUUCCUGUGGAAAGAAUGGGCUGUAUUCGUGUUUACAGAAAUGAAACACCUACAGUAAAAAAAAAAAAAAAUUGCUGGGCUCCCGUGUGUUUAAGAAAAGAAGGUGGGGAAGGAGUAAUAUACACACUUACAUAUUUAUGUAUGCUUUUGUUUAUAAAAUAUUUAUGUAAGAGCAUAUAAGAAAAUACUAAUAGUGGUUGCCCUGGGAAACAGAUCUGAAGUAGAAAAUUUGACUUCUCACUAUGUAUCUUUUUCUACUGUUACUUGUUUUUAACUGGGUAAUUUUUUUGUUUUAGUUACAAUUAAUUUUUUUAAGGAAAGGAGAAAAACAAACCUGAAUCUUUGUGUUCCUAAGGGUACAUAAAUGUUAAA